ACACAGUUCUGUGUAAGGAAGAUUGUUCUGACUACAGACAGUUGAUUUUUCUCAAGUACUUUUUCAUGGAACCUUGGUGAAGUUUAACUGCUGGCCGCAAGAGUCACCAUCCCCUAAUGCUCAUGACAUUACUCAUUGCAGAUGGCGUCCUAAAGCACAUCAGACAAGCCAGAGUCUCCACACCAAACGAAAUGACACACUGAGGACAUAAUGCAGGUGAUAUCUGCAGUCAGAGAAGGACAAAUAUAUGAGGAUGUCAUUUGCUAAAAGAACUAAGUAAGUUUUCACAAACACUGAAUGGAAUUCCUUCUUCAAACACAGUCAGCAGUGGAAUGGAUCCCUUUCAUGCUUGCAGUAUUCUCCAACAACUUAAAACAAUGUAUGAUGAAAGACAGCUGACAGAUAUUGUAGUGGAAGUUGAUCAUGGGAAGACAUUUUCCUGUCAUAGGAAUGUUCUUGCUGCAAUCAGUCCUUAUUUCAGAUCUAUGUUCACUAGCGGCCUUACAGAAAGUACCCAGAAAGAAGUUCGUAUAGUUGGUGUUGAAGCAGAGUCAAUGCAUUUAGUAUUGAACUAUGCAUAUACCUCCAGAGUAAUGCUGACAGAGGCCAAUGUCCAAGCUUUGUUCACUGCAGCUAGUAUCUUCCAGAUCCCUUCCAUACAGGACCAGUGUGCUAAAUAUAUGAUCAGUCAUUUGGACCCACAAAACUCUAUUGGGGUGUUUAUCUUUGCUGAUCACUAUGGUCAUCAGGAACUCAAAGACAGAUCACAAGACUACAUUCGUAAAAAGUUUCUGAGUGUCACCAAAGAACAAGAGUUUCUCCAGCUGAGAAAAGACCAACUCAUAAGUAUACUGGACAGUGAUGACUUAAACGUAGACAAAGAAGAGCAUGUUUACGACAGCGUUAUAAGAUGGUUUGAACAUGAACAAAAUAAAAGAGAAGUGCACCUUCCAGAAAUAUUUGCCAAAUGCAUCCGAAUGCCUCUGUUGGAAGAAACAUUUUUAGAGAGAAUCCCUCCCAUGUUUGCAAAGGCUAUAGCCAAAAGCUGUGUACAGAAGGGACAACCUAGUGCCAAUGGGUAUACACAACGGCUUGGAAUGACUGCUUCUGAAAUGAUCAUAUGCUUUGAUGCUGCCCACAAACACUCAGGAAAGAAGCAAACAGUGCCUUGUUUAGAUUCAGUCACAGGGAGAGUGUUUAAACUAUGCAAACCACCAAAUGAUUUGAGGGAAGUUGGAAUUCUUGUAUCACCUGAUAAUGAUAUUUACAUUGCAGGAGGCUACAGGCCAAGCAGCAGUGAGGUCUCCAUAGACCACAGAGCAGAGAGUGACUUUUGGAUGUAUGAUCACUCUGGCAAUAGAUGGCUACCUAAAGCUCCUUUGCUACGAGCCAGAAUAGGCUGCAAACUGGUUCACUGCUGUGGUAAACUGUAUGCAAUAGGUGGUCGUGUUUAUGAAGGAGAUGGCCGAAAUUCACUAAAAUCUGUGGAGUGUUACGACAGCAGAGAGAACUGUUGGACAGCUGUCUGUCCAAUGCCUGUAGCAAUGGAAUUUCAUAGUGCUGUGGAAUAUAAAGAGAACAUCUAUGUUUUACAGGGAGAAUUUUUCCUCUGCUAUGAUCCACAGAAAGAUUACUGGGGUUUUUUAACCCCAAUGACUGUGCCUAGAAUCCAAGGCUUGGCAGCUGUAUACAAUGACUCCAUCUACUACAUCGCUGGAAUCUGUGGAAAUCAUCAGCGUAUGUUUACCGUAGAGGCCUAUGACAUCGAGCUAAAUAAGUGGACUAGAAAAAAGGACUUCCCAUGCGAUCAGUCCAUUAAUCCGUAUAUUAAACUGGUACUCUUCAAAAACAAACUCCAUUUGUUUGUCAGAGCCACUCAAGUCACUGUUGAAGAACAUGUUUUCAGAACCAGCAGGAAGAAUUCACUCUAUCAGUAUGAUGAGGUUACUGACCAAUGGCAAAAAGUGUAUGAGACUCCAGAUAGGCUUUGGGAUUUAGGCCGGCAUUUUGAAUGUGCUGUUGCUAAGUUGUAUCCGCAGUGUCUUCAGAAAGUUAUUUAAUUUUAUUCGGUAACAAGCCUUAGUGAUUUCAGUGGUAUCUGAUGUUAGAGAAAACAUGUCUUAAAAGAAAACAAAGAAAUUGUCAGUAUUUAAUGUAAGCUGAAAGAGACAGUUUUUUGUACAUGAGGAUGGGUGCUCUUUAAAGGUUGCAGGCUGGGGAGGGAAUUACUGGUUCAUUUUAAAAUUGCUGAUAUUUUCCAGGGGAGCAAGAAGGAGGUUACAAGUGCAAUUAUCAGCAUUUUUUUUCUGGUAAACACUUAAUCAUGUCAUUCUUGAGGGGUGUUUUUUGAUAAAAGUAAACAAAGCAUAGAAGAGCCAGGAUAACUAUGCACUACAAUGAAAGAAAUUAGCAUUAAUAGCUAAGGACAUCCAAGCUAGUUUGAAGUGACUUUUUUUUUUUUUUUUUUUUAAUACGGGUAAAAUCCUGAGGCAAUAUCACUUGGUCUUUAUUUUAGAUCAACUGAAAAUACAUAGAGGAAUGCUAGCUCCAGAUUCUCUUUUUUUUGUACUGUUUUGAAGUCUACUAAAAUGUUCGUAAUGUUGUUUGUGCACUACCUUAGUUUGGGAGAAAUAUUGAAGUUGGAAGCAGAAUGUGAAGUAUAUUUGUCUGAAACAGAAAAGGUCCGCUAUCAUUUUCUAUCUGUGGGCUUUGUUAAAAUCAAGCUAACAGUAUAAAUAGCUAUUUUCUGCCAAUUAAAUGUAGUGCUCGAAAAGCAGUUUUGACACUGCUUAAAAACAUUUUCCAUCCCAUAAAGGGCUUAAACCCAAAAGUUGAUGGUGCUAGUACAUUUUAAUACUUGUAUGUCUGAAAUGAAUGCCAACCCUACACCACUAUUUAAAACAGCCUGCUAUUAUUAAUGGAGUCUCUUCUUAGGACCCUAUCCUGCCAUUGUGGAGUUGGUUUUUUUAACAUAUUUUUACUGCAGUGCGAGUUCCUGCACAGAAUGAUGACAGGAUAUGGCCUUAGUGGCUAUUAAUUUUGUGGAGAGCUCAUGCUGCUUCUCAUAAAGUGUUUGCAUGUGCUCAAGUAAUACUGAAAAAUGUGGCUUAACUUGAUUAUUCUCCUUUUUCCAAACCCCCACAUUACCUUUCACUAUUCUGUUCUGACCUAUAAUGUGAAAAAUUUUGCACUACUGAGCUGUCUUCAUGAUCCGAUUUAUUAAAACAAAAUUGUCCACAGAAAUCCUUGGUUUAAAGAAUUUUAAAUGCAGGUGUAGAAUAAGGAUUCAAUAUAUUAUAACACUUUCUCUGUGGAUUGAACAUCUAACUUAUUUUUCUAAUGACAAAGUAGGCUUAAAGUUUAGCUGCUUCUUCAAUCGUUAAAACUGGAUGUAAAAGGGAAAAGUUUAAUCCUAGAGCUCAUAUCAGCUCUACUGUGCCAGGUGUGUAAUUUGUUGCAAAUCUUGUUCUUUCCAGAGUGAAGCAUGUUGUAUCUUCCUAUAUAUUUAACUGAUUAACUUCUCAAAUUGAGGUAAAGGAAAGCUGAUUUAUUUUAAAUUGAUAAUGGUAAGCAUUGUAGCAAAGGAUGGCCAUUAUCUGGAUUAACAGCUGUUUCCAUAAACCAAAUGUUUCACUCAGUAAUAGUUUAACACCCUGGCAUAGCUGUUGAGAGAUUUUGGAUAACAUUGACUCAGUGUAUGGCCUUGUUGUCACAAAGUAGGAUUUCUUUUUUAAAGAAACAAACUCACUUGGUUUUGUUUUUUAAAUCUUGCACAAAAUAUCAAAAAACGAACUGUGAAAACUAAAAGGGAAAAAAAAAAAAGCCUCUUUGCAUUUACAUACCUCAUUGUUCAGAGAUUGACCAGACUGCUUCUUUUAGAUGUGGGUGCUAGAACAUCCCUGAAACUGUUUAAGAUCGAGAGCAUAUGCAUAGUUGCUAAGAUUGCAUUUUUAAACAAUGUUAAGGUAUGUGGUUUCUCUUUUUGUUUAGUUCCUUCAAGAUACUAUUGUUAUCCACAGCCAACAAUAAGAAUUUUUCUUAUAAGGCUAUUUCCAUGGCUUUUUUUUUUUUUUACAUUUUCCAUAGUCCUUGGCUAGCUCUAUUUGUGCUAUUGUAGGACUCUAGCUGCAAACUUUCUGAAGCACCCUCCCUUACAGUAUUGCAUUAGUGUGUAAAACUUUUUUCUUCCAAAAAGUGUUAUGUAACUUUUUGUUGUUUUUUAAAAGCUUUGUUGACUAUUUACAAGAUUUCUUGCUGCUUUUUGACAAUCUUCUAUAUUUAUUUAGUAGAACAAAUUUCAAUAUAUUACUUGAAAAUAUUAAAUAGAAUUUUGAGUUAACAAUUGACUGGUCAUGUGAUGUAUAGAAGUACAAUAUGCUGUGGUUAAUUCUGCAGUAGGUUUGUUAAUUUUGUUUAUCUGCACUAAAGUACGAAGAUCUCCAUUUUCUUUAACCAUUCAAAAUAAGAUUGUGAUCCAAGACUGUAAUGUGCUUAAAAGCUAAAUCCUGGAACUUGCAUAGGAGUAGAAAAUACUGAAUCUUAUGCAUGAAUAAUUUGUUUAAACAGAAAUAUAGCUGAGACAUUUUGCCACUUCUUAAAUGCUUUUAAAUUCUUUAAAAGUCCGAUAACUGGUAAAGUCUUGCUGUAGCAUCAGACUUUAAAAAUAAACUUGCACAGUUUGAGAACAAUUGAUUAAAACCGCACCAAAGGUACUCGUACUUUACAUGUGGCUCGCUGCAUCCUCUCUCUGCCCAUUUAUAAUUUCUUCUGUCUUGUUCAGACUGCCCUUAUUAAAUUGACACUUACUCUUAUGCUGAUACUUUAAAUUUAAAUAUUGCCCCCUCCCAAUCUUAUCAAAAUACAAAAUAAUUUGUAUUCUCCAUUUUCUUCUAAAUUUUGAUGUCGAUUAAAUCACUAAAACUGAUCUUGGUGCAUCAGACGUGUAGUGAGUAUGAUCUGCAAGAAAUCGAAGAGCUCCCUGUUGCUGUUUAGAAAUGGCAUCCAAUGUUCAGUGCUCAGGUAUGUUAGUAAGAAGUACUGUAGUUCUAUGAGGGCAAAUGUGUGGAUUUUUAAACAUUUUGCCAUAAUUGCACAAUUUUUGCAUUUUUACUUAAUGUCAUGUUACGUUUCUUAUAAUAAAAUAAACCUA